AUGUCGGAAUUCUGGUUGAUUUCAGCACCUGGGGACAAGGCAAAUCUGCUGGCCUGGGACAGGAUGAACACUGUGACUUCCAAGGCCAACCUGUCCAGCAACAGCAAGUUCAUCAUCCCUGACCUCAAGGUGGGGACACUGGAUGCUCUUGUUGGCCUCUCUGAUGAGUUGGGGAAACUUGAUAGCUUUGCUGAAAGUGUAAUCAAGAAACUUGCCCAGUAUAUUGGAGAAGUUUUGGAAGACUCAAAAGAUAAAGUACAAGAAAAUCUGCUGGCAAAUGGAGUUGACCUGAUUAGUUACCUGACAAGGUUCGAAUGGGACAUGGCAAAGUAUCCCAUAAAACAGCCACUUAAGAACAUUUCAGAAGCAUUAGCAAAGCAAAUUACACAAAUAGAAACAGACAUGAAAAACCGAGCAGCUGUGUACAACAACAUCAAAGGAAAUCUCCAGAACCUGGAAAGAAAAAACGUGGGAAAUCUUCUGACACGUACUUUAACUGAUAUAGUAAACAAAGAAGACUUUGUGUUGAAUUCUGAGUAUCUCAUCACUCUACUCGUUUUUGUCCCCAAGUCAAGCUACGUGCAAUGGCAAAAAACAUACGAAUCGCUCUCCGACAUGGUAGUUCCUCGCUCUACGAAGAUGAUUGCUGAAGAUGCAGAGGGAGGACUCUUCACUGUAACGCUAUUCCGGAAAGUGAUGGAUGAUUUUAAAGCCAAAGCAAGGCAGAACAAGUUCAUGGUGCGGGAAUUUUAUUUUGAUGAGAAAGAACUGAAAUGUGAAAAAGAGGAAAUGAGGAAGCUAGCGUCUGAUAAGAAGCAGCAGUAUGGCCCGCUAUUACGCUGGCUAAAGGUGAACUUUAGUGAAGCAUUUGUGGCUUGGAUUCACAUAAAGGCUCUUAGAGUUUUCUCAGAAUCUGUCCUCCGGUAUGGUCUGCCAGUGAAUUUCCAGGCGAUGCUACUUCAGCCCAACAAGAAAUCUGCAAAGAGGUUGCGGGACGUCCUUAAUACAGUCUUCAAACAUCUGGAUGAAGUAGCAGCAGCCAGUAUAAUGGAUGCUUCUGUGGACAUUCCUGGCUUACAACUGAGCAAUCAAGACUACUACCCUUACGUCUACUACAAGAUUGACCUCAGCCUUCUUGACUGCAGCUAAGCAAUGCCUGACUGGCCACAAAGCUAGUCCUCCAGUAUUCUAGUAUCUGAUUGUGCAUGAACAAUGAAACCGACACACAACACUUCCACUCCAAGCUAUUUCUUCAAAACACCAUACUAAGACACCACACAAUGGGAAGAGAGUCCCUUUCUGUGUUGGAGGAGCAAGUAUUUUAAGCAAGUGUCAAUAGCAGCUUCACCCCAUUAUGCUUCUACAGUAAUUUUGCCCUCUUCCAUUUUAAGUGUUAAAAUUCUGGAAGCCUUUUCUGAUCAUGUUAGAAAACAUGCUUGACAAGGCAAUUGUGUUACAGUUGUAUUUAUUUUUUAUGUAAGUUACAAAAUUUCUCAACCAGG